AUGGCGCCGCUCCUCCGCCCUGGCGCCCUCGCCGCGGCGCUACUCGCCCUCGCCGUCGUCGGGGUGGCGCAGGGCCAGCAGGUGGGACUCUUGAGGGUGCCGAACAGGUCCCCGCCCACCAAGGCAAACAUGGACAGGGUGGUGCUCCCCGUGGACAAUGCCGGGGGAUUCGCCGGUUCGUGGAACAUCCUGAGCGAGAACGCGGGCGUGUCCGCGAUGCACCUGGUGGUGAUGCGGCACGGCAAGGCCGUCAUGUUCGACACGACCACGACGGGGCCGUCGCUCAUGCAGCUGCCGGCAGGGAACUGCCGCGUCGACCCCCGGAGCGACCCGCCGGGCGGCAUGGACUGCUCGGCGCACGCCGUGGAGUUCGAUUACAACACUGGCGCGGUCCGGCCUCUCAAGAUCUUAACUGAUACGUGGUGCUCGUCGGGAGCGUUCGACGUGGACGGCAUGCUGGUGCAAACGGGCGGCUACUUCGAAGGGGUGAAGGUUGUGAGACGCCUGAACCCACAAGGAAAUGCCGACUGGAUCGAGUUCCCCAAUACCUUGGCCGAAGGAAGAUGGUACGCAACGCAGCAGGUGCUCCCGGACGGCCGCUUCAUCGUGGUCGGCGGGCGGCGAUCGUUCAGCUAUGAGUUCGUCCCGGCCGCCGGCCAGUUGAACACCCAAUUCACUCCCCUCCCGCUUCUUCAACAAACGACCGAUGACGUGGAGAACAACCUGUACCCCUUCGUCCACCUCCUCCCGGAGGGGACCAUCUUCCUCUUCGCCAACGACCGCUCCAUCAUUUUCGACCCCCAGAACGGGCAGGUCCUCCGCGAGCUCCCGAAGCUCAACGGCGGUGCACGGAACUACCCUGCCUCCGGCAUGUCCGCUCUCCUUCCCCUCGACCUCCGCCGCGGCGAGAGGCUGAGCGCGGAGGUGAUAGUCUGCGGCGGCGCCCCCAAGGAAGCCUUCAAGCUCGGCGAGGCCAACAAGUUCCCGCACGCGCUCCGGGACUGCGGGCGCAUCAACCCAUCUAAGCCCGGGGCGCGGUGGGCGAUCGACUUCAUGCCAGUGGGCCGCGUGAUGGGCGACAUGCUCAUACUGCCCACCGGAGACCUCCUGCUGCUCAACGGCGCCGCCCAGGGCUGCUCGGGGUGGGUUUUCGCCCGGGAGCCGGUGCUGACCCCGCUUCUCUACUCUCCGCGGAAACGACGGGGCGCGCGGUUCCGCGCCCUACCCGCGUCCAACAUUCCACGCAUGUACCACUCCAGCAGCGCGGUGCUGCCCGACGCCACCGUGCUCGUGGCCGGCGGCAACACCAACUCGGCCUACAACUUCUCUGGCGUCGACUUCCCGACGGAGGUGCGCGUCGAGCGGUACACCCCGCCGUACCUCGCCCCGGAGCUUGUCGCCUCCAGGCCGGAGAUCGACCUGGCGUCGGUCCCAGCGAACGGGGUGAAGUACGGGGACAAGCUCACGCUCAGGUUCACGUCGCGCGGGCCAGCCGUGGUCGAGGCCGACAUGAAGGUGACCAUGUACGCGCCGCCGUUCACCACACACGGCUUCUCGCAGAACCAGCGGCUGCUGGUACUGCAGGUCACCGCGUUCAAGCCAGAAGGGAACAAGUACAAGGUCACGGCCCAGGCGCCGUCGAAGCCGACCCUCGCGCCGCCAGGCUACUACUUGGUGUUCGUUCUGGUCAAGGGGGUGCCGAGCAAAGCCGCUUGGGUGAAGAUACACCCCUGAUGAGGUGACUCUCCGGGUGCAUGCUGUUCCUCAGAUGGCGACUGGCACGACGAUAUGCCAUAGAGUAACAGCAUGCCCGCGACCCGCCAAGCAGAAGAUUUCCAUGGGGCGUAGGCAGUCCACACCGCCCAUAUGAAUCUCAUCUCUUCAUGGUAUAUAUGGUCUCUCCAAAUGUACUUACUAGUGCACAAAUAUAUAUUUAUACUAGAGACUUGGAUCGAAAAGGUUAAUCGAUCCAAACUGCAACUUUGUAGUGUGCUUAGUCUUGUAAAGCGGAAGAACGCAGAGUAAAAGUGUACGUGAAAUCAAUUCUUUUUGUUUUGAUUUCUUAACUCUUGUACUGGUUGUGGAGAGCAAUAUGAACAAUUCUCCACUUAUAACAGCCAUGUUGUUUUC